CCUUCCGCUGUCAUGGUCAAAGCCAUCGUUGUAAGCGCCGUCAUGGCACUUGCUGCUGCAUCGGCCGAUCCGUUCCACUGGGGGCCCUGCGCGGGAAACCCGGAUCUCCGCACGCAGUGCGGCUACCUCACCGUACCCCUCGAUCAUCUCAACGUGACCAACAAGGCCACCAUCGACAUUGUCGUCCAGCGCUACCGGUCAACUGCGGCCAAACCGCUCGGUACGAUUCUUCUCAACCCCGGUGGUCCCGGCGGGUCUGGCACGGCCCUGGGGUCGCCAGUGGCCACCUUCCUCACGGGCGGCCAGUACGACGUUUUGGGUUUUGAUCCGCGUGGCGUUGGCCAGUCGCGGCCAAUCCACUGCGCCAAGGACGGCUUUGCGGCGUGGGUGGGUCAGUAUCGUCUCUUCACCUCAAGUGGUGUGUUCUAUGACCCACUUUCCGACGACCAAAUCGAUCGAUACGGUAGCGUGUACGACCAAGCCAUGGCGCGCUGCCGCCACUACGACGGCGACUACCUCCCGUACCUCUCGACGGCAUUCGUGGCACGGGACAUGGACCUCAUUCGCGCGGCACUGGGCCAAGAUCAUAUGCACUAUUUUGGCUUCUCCUACGGCACGGUACUCGGCGCGACGUACGCCAAUAUGUUUCCGCAUCGCGUCGGUCGCUUCGUCAUCGACUCGGUCGUCGACGCGACCAAGUAUUCAAUUGCAAGCGCGUCGUUUUGGGCAACUACGAUCGCCAACAUUGAAGACGUUUUGGAUGGUUUUGCGGCCGAGUGCGAAGUCGCGGGGCCGCUCGUCUGUCCUCUCGCGGGCCAUGGCACGCCACUUGCGCCGCGUCUGCGGUCGUUUAUCCAAAAUUUUACGCCCAAAGUCGUCCGUGGUGGGUACGAUGUUGCUCAGUUUACAUCCACGGACCUGUACACACUUCUCUUGGGACCCAUGUACCAGCCUGCGAUGUGGCCUAAGCUCGCGAUCGACUUGUACCAGCUCAUGCAAGGCACGUACGUGGCACCACCAGCAAGCGAUGUGUGUCCGUCGCAGCUCAAGGCGCGCGAUCUCGGUUUGAACAGGAUCCCAUUCAUGGGCAACGACAUCGAUUCGACGACCAACACGGCGCAGAGCUGGGCCGACGGUCUUCGCGCCGCCCAGAAAAUCUCGCCGAUCUUUGGUGGGCCGUGGCUCGGGACCCUUAUGAUGACCAAGUACUGGAAGACGACAUCGAUCGAGCGGUUUGCGGGUCCUUGGAACCAGACGCUGGCCAACAAGAUUUUGAUUUUGAACAACGUCCACGACCCGGUAACACCCUUGGUCGCUGCUCAGCACAUGCACAACGUCUUUGGCGCCAACAACUCGGUCUUGGUGGUGCGCGACGGCUACGGCCACAUUGCGUCUACGUCACAGCCCAGCGCGUGCGUUCACGACAUUGUCACCGCGUACUUUUCCCAUGGCGUCCUUCCGACAACAACAUUUUGCAAGGUGGACCGCGGACCGUUUGCAGCGCCGUCCACGCACUCGGCCAUCGCCCUUGCCGCGCAAGAGCUGUCGACGAUCGUUCACAAGGCGCAUCCUGGUCGCAAGCUCAUGGGACUCUAA